AUGGGAAAUGCAUUAGGAUGCAUCUCAACGGAAGGGGUGAGAGAAAAAACCUCUAAACAUGAGUUAAACCUUCCACCUUUGCUAGCCUCUUUCAAAGGAAGAGCUGGCCUCCUGUCUUCACUCUCUUCUUCAGAGAAUAAAAAGAAGAAGGCAGUGAGCUUUGAUGGCCAGCUUGAUGAGCAAGCUCUUGCUGCAGCUUUGCUCUUUAACCAUCAUCAAAGAAAUAAUGGUAAUUCUCUUCCAUUUCCUAGAUCCCAAUCUGUAGUACAUCCUUCUUCAGGUUCAAAGAAGCAUGGUCUUACAAGGAGUUCAAGUUCCAGGCCACGGUCUCAUUCCGACUCUCUGUUAAAAAGGCCUGACCAGCUAGUUAACCAGGAUCUUGAAACGAACCGUGUUGUUCUCGUUCAUGGAGGUGGUUUUGGUGCAUGGUGUUGGUAUAAAACUAUUGCCCUUCUAGAGGAAGCUGGCUUUAAAGCUGAUGCAGUGGACUUAACAGGCUCUGGCAUCCAUUAUUCUGAUACAAACGGCAUUAGAAAUCUUGCCGAAUAUGUAAAGCCACUUUCUGAUAUUUUUUACAAGCUCGGUGAAGGAGAGAAGGUGAUUUUGGUGGGUCAUGAUCUUGGGGGUGCUUGUAUUUCAUAUGUGAUGGAGCUGUUUCCAUCUAAAAUUGCUAAAGCUGUUUUCAUUGCUGCAACAAUGCUGUCUAGUGGGCAGAGUGCCCUUGAUAUAUUUUCUCAACAGGUUUACCCUCUAUUUUAUACAACAACUGGAAAAGUAUCUCAGACAGGUUUCAGUGACCUGAUAAGACAACCUCAGACAUUUAUAUAUGCCAAUGGAAAGGAUAACCCUCCGACUGCUAUUGUCAUUGACAAAGCAUUGUUAAGAGACUCGUGGUUCAACCAGAGUUCCACCAAGGAUGUAGCAUUAGCAUCAGUAUCGAUGAGGCCAAUCCCAUUUGCACCGGUUGUAGAGAAGCUCUUUCUUUCAAGCAACAACUACGGCUCCAUUCAAAGGUUUUACAUUAAAACUCGAGGAGAUUGUGCCCUGCAUGUUCCUCUACAGGAGUCUAUGAUAAAAUCAAAUCCACCAACACAAGUUUUCGAGCUUAAGGGCUCUGAUCAUGCACCAUUUUUUUCGAAGCCCCAGGCGCUGCAUAAGAUACUAGUCGAGAUAUCACAAGUUCCAUCAAAGGAUAUCUAAAAGUAUCUAAAUUCGCAUUAUAUUAAGGCUGCGGGAAGACAUGUACAUUGGAGCAGCUGGUUCGGAUAUGGAGAAUUUGGCAUGGUUCGUUUAUGCCAUACGUGGUCAAGUUAACCAUCCAAGAAAUUGUUAAAGAACAUGUGCAUGCACAUGCCAGCAAGCGUUCCCCAUGUGUAAUACAGAGCACUAGCUAUGUUAGGAGCGGUGUGUAUAUUUUUAUUUUUUAUAAAAAAUUAUUUAUGUAAAUUUUUUAAUGUA